AUGGAAAGAAGAGGAGGCGCUAGUGUUAAUAAACGAGGGCGUCCUCGCGUUCGGCCAGUGAGACCAUCACCUUACACCAAAGUUGGCCAGGGAUCUGCUUUACGCAGCCAGUCACGGGAACUUGUGGUUAAUGUACGGAAUUUUUUUCAGCGAGAAAAGGAUAACAGGGCUAUCUUAAUACCAUUAGAGAGGGUAGUAGACAGAUCCGCAGCAGCGUUAGGUCUAAAUAAAAAUACAGUCGUUGCAAUAUGCAAGGAGAAGGAAAAACUUAUUAAUGAGGUUGGUAAUGCCACUACGACCUUACAGACACCUGGAAAAAGGAGAAAGAAACAGAAAACCGUCACUGCCAUAGAUGGUUUCCAACAGGAUGCUAUUCGCCGGCAUAUAUAUGAUUAUAUUAGGAAAAAAGAGCAUCCUACAAUUAAAAAACUCUUGAUUUCAUUAAGGGACGCAAAUUUAUUUAGAGGCAGCAGUUUUUCUCUCAAGAGUGUUUUAGUUACUUUGGGGUUUGAGUAUAAAAAGUUGAAUCGGAGGAGAAUUUUAUUGGAACGAAAUGAUAUUGUUGCUUGGCGUUGCCGGUUUCUGCGGGAGGUGAAAGAUUUGAAUUUCGAUAAGAUAGUGUGGUUAGACGAAACAUGGGUGAAUACCGGCCACACCCUCGCUCGAGGAUGGACUGACGAGACAACUGAAGGUACGUUAGCAGCUCCUAUUGGUAAAGGUAGUAGGUUGAUUUUGCUGCACGCUGGAACAUCUGAAGGGUUUGUUCCUAACUGUUGUUUAUUGUUUUCUUCAAAGAAAACCACAGACUACCACGAAGAAAUGAACCAUGAUACAUUUUUUAAAUGGUUCACAGAAUCACUUCUGCCUAACCUUUCAACCCCAUCGGUUAUUGUUAUGGACAAUGCCCCAUACCAUUCCAAGAUUUUGGAUAAGGCUCCAACACAAGCCAACAAAAAAACAGAAAUUCAGGAAUGGCUCAGUGAGCACAACAUACAGUUUGAGGAACAUUUAAGAAAAGCAGAAUUAUUAGAACUAAGUGACAGGUAUAAACCAACGACCCCCAAGUAUUUAAUAGAUGAGAUGGCCAAGGCCCAAGGACACAAGAUCGUCAGGCUCCCACCUUACCAUUGCCAUUUCAAUGCAAUUGAAAUGGUUUGGGCGCAAGUCAAGGGACACGUUGCUCGAAACAAUAAAGCAUUUAACCUAACUGAAAUUAAAAGAUUAACCGAAGAAGGCAUUGGACAAGUGACAAGCGUAGAAUGGACGAAUAUCGUAAGACACACAAAAAAAAUAAUUUUAGAAGCGUGGGCACAAGAGGGUCUCAUUGAAACAGCAGUUGAAGAACUAAUAAUACACGUGAAUGGAGAUGACAGUGACAGUGAAAAUAGUGACCUUGAGGAUUUUUCUGAUGAAUACAGAGUGCAAACUGACGAAGGGACACAGGAAAUAUAUGUCAACCAAACGUAUGCUGAUUACGGAGCAGAUGAUAGCGAUGAUGACUUCGAUGGAAUAAAUCCACUGCCAUCCACAUCCACUAACGAAAACGUCCUAGACUUUUCACAAUAUUAG